CCAAUGCAACUCUGGAAUUCUUUUCUUUAAUAUAUAUUUAUAUUUAUUAUGACAUAAGAGACGGCGGCUUUUUUCUAUAUUAUGUUUUAUACUUUAGUCUUUUCAAUGAAAUUUGAAAUCACUUAUAAGGAGCGUAUUAAACGUGAAAGAGAAGACCGAAAAUACACGCAAUAAGGAAAAAUAUAAAAUUUAGGAUAUCAUUUCUGGGAAAAAAAGAGACAGUAAGGUUGUUUUUGUGCGGAAGAAGAAUCAUCUUUUACUAAACAAUGCCGAGAUCUUUCAUGGUCAGACAUAGAAAAUGUCGACGUUGUCAGAGUGUAACCGAAAGAAAGUAUCCCGACUGCAUGCCGCAAAUAGGAUAUCCGUUUAAUCUUGGGAAGUCGGUUUUUGAAGAGAACGUAGACAUUGACAUUUUCCCGCCAGAAUGGCCAAAAUCCAUGAAUUACUGUGAAACGUCCUUACCAGAUAAAGAACAACCGCUUCCUGAACAGAAUAACAACAUUUUAAAGUAUGGAAAUUAUCUACAGGCUGACAGUUUUAUGUCUAACUAUUCGUUUUGCUCUGGCUACGUCACAACUGAAAACAUGAGUAACCGCCAAGACUCCCCUCUAGAUUUAAAGACUAUCCCCGUGAACUCAACAAGAAAUAAUCCAACAAGAAAUGACCCAACAAGAAAUAACCAAGUAUCACCAAGUGAAAAGAGCGAGAAGCAAAUAAUUACUAUGGAUAGAUAUAAAGUCUACUCGCAAACAAUGUGUAGGGAACAGGAAGGACAAUCCAUCAAGAAUUUACACAGCACAGCCAGAAACUUCACGCAGAUGUAUUUAAAUGGAAAUUACACAAAUAAAACUCUUUACGAUAACACCGGCAAGGUUUUUCGGUGUCACGAGUGCGGGAAAACAUUCAAGCGUUCGUCGACACUGAACACGCACCUGUUGAUACACAGUGAUACAAGACCCUAUCCCUGUGGGUUUUGCGGGAAAAGAUUUCACCAGAAAUCCGAUAUGAAGAAACAUACAUAUAUACAUACUGGUGAGAAACCACAUCGGUGUACAGUAUGCGAUAAAAGAUUUAGUCAGUCCUCAAACCUGAUCACUCAUAGCCGCAAACAUACGGGAUAUACACCUUUCAACUGUGACAAGUGUGGCAGAACUUUUCAACGAAAACUUGAGCUAAGAAAACACCGUGAGUCGGGAAGAUGUUGAAAACUUCUUUUGUCGGGUAGAUGCUGAAAAUAAAAUAUAAAAAAACACAUAAAAAGUGUCAUAGUGGAAUCUUGCUCAAAGAUACAAUUUAAAUAAAAGUAUAUAAACACUGGACAGAGCAUAUAUGUUAAAGAAUAAGAAUAGCAAAGAAGUCCAAGGCCUAUGAUAGAUAUUACAGAACAACAAUUAAUACUGCGAACAUAUCCACUUGUCUUUUAUAACGAAGUCACUGACUUUACAUCACGUUCUCUUGUAUUCCAUAAUAUUCACACAUAAGCCAAGCUUUUACCCGAACAGUAAUCUCUUUCUCUUACUCUAUUAACUCCCUCUGCUUUGGUCUUAGAGCGUUCUCAGCAGCAGCAGCAGCAGCAGCAGCAGCAGCAGCAGCAGCAGCAGCAACAACAACAACAACAAAAAGAAACAAAACAAACACAGAAAUAUUGAUAUACCGUUUUGUUUCUGAUUAAUGUUGCAGAUGUGGGACAAAUCACGUUAAACGGUCAUGCAUAUUCCCGAGACAUGUACCCAAGCUACAGGCGAAAGUUAGCGCAUAAAACAAAACAAUGCAAUAUUCGGACACGGAAUAAAUAUAAUAAUACAAACUUUUCAGACUCUAAGCCAUUAAAAUUUCAGUCCCAAUUUGUUUCACAUGUAGCAACUCAGUACAAUACUGGUAUCAUCUAAAACAACCAACAUAUUUACGGUUCUGGUUACUUUCUUAAUUUUAAAUGUCUAAUAUCUCUUCAAAAAAUUGUAUCCGCUAACAUGUGUAAAAAUAGGCAAUUUGUAUCCAACAAAUAGCAUGGAUUAGAAUAUACGAGUACAUUUAAUUUUGAAAAACGAAUAUUCUUACUCGGCUAUGUCAGUCAUGAACAGAUUGUCAUUCAAAAUAAUAAGUUUCUAAACAGCUCCCUGGGAACAGUUUUAACAUACUAGUGUUAAAGGAAGUUAAAUGCUUUGUACUAACUAAUUAAACUUAUUUAAGGUGUAAAAUGAUUACCGACGGUAUCUCAAAGACGUUUCAAAGAUAAUGUAACGGCAUAUAUUGCAUUUUACAAUAUUCAUCUGACGUCAUGAUCGCGUUGACAUUUUGGAACCAUUCGCUCUAAUUUCAGAAUCAUGAUUUAUCCGCACUUUAGAAUAACUGUAUCAAAUUUCUAUAAAAGAAGAAAUAAAACAUUUGUUAUUGCUCCACUCCCCCUGUUAAUGUGGUAUAUUGUUUAAACAUAAGUAUAAAAUGUUUAGAAAACUAUGAAUCUUUUAUGAUCCGAAAAAGGCGGCAAACAGACGUAUGAUUAAGGUGUACUCAAAAAUGUCUGCAAGUAAAAGGAAUAAAUAUAUUUUAUCAUAUUACAGACAUACGUGUGGUGAUGGAAGACAUUAAAGUUUCACUGUUUCCUGUAUGUUUAAACAUUACAAAAUCCAAUUGUCCGAUCUUAAUAGCUACAUCCCCCUUAAAAUGUAUAAAUGAUUAAUGCAGCUCUAGUGUGAGAACAGGCUAUUGAAAACGCGUUUUUGACGGCCUGUUUAAGAUUGAGGUCGAGAUUUAAAAGGUUUUCACCCUCUGCGUGAUUUUUACUACAGGCGCGCGAAACUCCAUUACAGUAAUUCUUGAUUUCUGUUCAUGCUAAUUUCAAUCACUCCAGGGAUAAUCACUGUUCCUCGAUACGUAUUUUGAAGUGAGAACGAGUUCAGAUUGUUAUAUUGUCUGUUGUAAUAAAAUACGGACAAAUAUUUUAACAAAAUUCAACUAAAAACAGUAACCUUGUAGUGUACAGAUUAUGAAUAUGGUUAAUACUAUUGCCAUGUAUAAGAGUUAAAUUCAAAGAUUUGUAAAUAAAAUUGUAC